CUCACAGCACUAACUGCCUUCCAUUCCAGAGAAUGCUUGAUGAGGGUUGCCCUUUGAGCUGUGCUGCUUUCUGUAUUCCCACAUCCAUCUGUGGUCCCUCUCUGUUCCGUGCUCUCUUCCUCUGGAAUAUCUUUAUGUGGAGACAGGUUUAUGUGUCUGCGGUACCUGUCAGUCCUCCACUGCUAGUAUCUACAUGUUCAGAAGUUUGUUUAACCAUCUGCUCAUGGCAGUGACCUUCCUCAGCAGGAUAGGCUGGCCCAAGGCUGACAGGCAAAUCUCUAAAGGUUAAAGCCAGUCCAGAGCCACCACAGAUGAUGUCUUAAGUCCCCUUCUGUGUCUGAAGGAGAUGAUGUAGAUGCCCUGCUGGUCUGUUCCUGGAGGCUGUGACAUUUCAAGGGUCCUGAAUCCUGUUCCUGAAGCAGCUGUAAUCUGCCAGAAACCCAAGCUACUGAGAGCACACUCAGCCAUCUCCCCCACCUCUUGGAGUGGAAGACGAUUGAGAGCUGGUUGAAAACUUCUCUUUCACCCUAGACCAGACGUGGAAGCUUUUCAAAGUACAUAGCACAUCUCCAGAGGACAAUUGGAGGAAGUACCUCUGCGGGACCCUGGUUCCAUUCUCUUUGUUGAAUGGCAUUGGCCCCUGCAGCCCACUGAGAGCUCCUUUCCCUGUGAUUCUGCCCUUGACAGUGGGACUCUGGGCACGGAAGAUGCUGAGCUCCAUUAAGUGCGUGCUAGUGGGUGACUCUGCUGUGGGGAAAACCUCCCUGCUGGUACGAUUCACUUCUGAGACCUUCCCUGAAGCCUACAAGCCAACAGUAUAUGAGAACACAGGCGUGGACGUCUUCAUGGAUGGCAUCCAGAUCAGCCUGGGCCUGUGGGACACAGCUGGCAAUGAUGCCUUCCGGAGCAUUCGCCCCCUGUCCUACCAGCAGGCAGAUGUGGUGCUCAUGUGCUACUCUGUGGCCAACCACAACUCAUUCCUGAACUUGAAGAACAAGUGGAUCGGGGAAAUCAGGAGCAACCUGCCCUGUACCCCAGUGCUGGUGGUGGCCACGCAGACUGACCAGCGGGAGAUGGGGCCCCACAGGGCUGCCUGUAUCAACGCUAUUGAAGGGAAGAGACUGGCCCAGGAUGUGAAGGCCAAGGGCUACCUGGAGUGCUCAGCCCUUAGCAACCGGGGAGUCCAGCAGGUGUUUGAGUGUGCCGUCCGAACUGCAGUCAACCAGGCCAGGAGACGAAAUAGGCGAAGGCUAUUCUCCAUUAAUGAGUGCAAGAUCUUCUAACCUUCCCCACGUCCUCACCCCCCCCCCCCGAGAUUUCACUUGCCGCUCACACACUCACCUCAAUACUGAUGGGGAGAAGGCGAGCUGGCACAACUGCAAGGGCUGAGUCUCUUCCCAGUUACAUCUCAGGUGCCUUACUUUUUGGACUCUCUUAUCCUCAAGACUUGACCACUGAAUGAUGUUCCUAACUGCACUCCACAAAUGAACUCCUUACCCCGUGUUCAACUAGAAAAUUCCUUGGGAAACUGUAAUGAGCCUUUCCUUUUUAAUUAAAAAAAAAUAACCCAAAUAAUCCUCGUCAUUUUGGAAAUGAAGUGAGUUUUUCAAAGUA